GUAGCCGAAAAUUCGAAAUUAUAUUGCGGCUUCAGCUAACUGGUCCACAGCCGCUAAGAAAGCACGGAAAGAAUGGUUUGCUGCAGUUGCCAAUUUAGUCGAUACAGCGGUAAAGACGCAGCCAAGCGCUUAGAUGCGAAAGCGACGCAUCUAGCAAACGCCCUCUACAAAAACGAAGAGCUCGCCGCUUUUCUCACGAAGCCGCCGAAGAAUGACCAGGACGUGAAAAAGGCAAUGAAGCCAUUAUGCAAGAAAGCGAUGGAAGUUGCACGGCUGCUGCACAGCAGCAGGACGGAUUACACAUGGAUAUUUCCUAGAAGGGAUCUACGUCUCGAUCCCGCACAUGUCGAAGUCGUCGGCCUCGUUAACAACAGCACUCAGCCAUUUGCUGAGUUUGGUGACAACUUUGUUCUUGUUUUUGGUGGCGUUUUCCGCAUGGUCGGCUCGCAGGAGCACUUGACAAAGUCGGAGGUGAUUAUCGGUCCAUUUCGUGCUCGUAAAGGUCCGCCCCCAGGCGCUCCUCCCGGGGGAGAUCAAAGUGAAGAAAAUCCGGAGACGGGAACGAAUCCAAAAUCAAGAAAAGAGCGAAAGCCGCGAGGAGAAACAAAACCAUCAGCACCGCCUCCACCGCCACCACUACCACCUGUAGUACCAGAUAUGGACGACGAACUAUGAUUUGCUUUGAUACAUUCCCUAGAACCGAAAACAUCCUCAUGUCGCUACCUUCUCGAACUCUUCCCAUACCUCACCAAACCGUGAUACCAAUUUUCGAUGCUAUGCCCCGUAUGCCGCAAAAUGCUUCUUGCCACAUUUCUAAUUGCGUACUUUACGGUAGUGAAUAGCGACAAGGGUGACAAACGAAGGUGACAAGGCUUUGAUUGGUCUU